AUGGAGACAGGGACAGAGGCCGCGCCAACAGCUCCCACUGGCGCACCGGCGCCCGCGUUCAAUACGGAACCGGCCGCAGUCUUCUGGCUCGUGUGGGCGGGGGUCUGGACGGCAACGGUGCUCUGCGGCAUGGCAUUCCUCUUUGUCAACCGCCACAUGCCAUUUCUGAGGAUCCGCGGGCUGGCUUUGUCGUUUGGCGCCGUCACCAUGCUCCACCUCUACUGGAUGUCGGUGCAGAUCGGCCUGUCUGUUGGCCAGUUCGUGCCCGACGGCGCCGAGUUCUGGGUCAUGGGCCUCUAUCUGCCCUUCGGCAUCGCCCUCUUCCACGCCUCCAACAGCCGCUUUCUACACGUCGCCAAGGCUCAGCGGAGGUACGCGGACAAGCCGCCACCGCCUCCUGGUGCUUGCCUGCCGCCCUCACCCUCGUCCUCUCCCUCGUCUUCGCCCACGCCCUCCAAGCCUCUGCACUCUCCGGCGGCCGCCUGCAGCUGCGGACUCAGAGACAGGAGGUCGCUGGCGGCCAGGUUCCGUAGGCUAGACUACACCACCAAGAUGCUGACUGUCGUCUGCACGGGCAUGGUGGUACAGGUCCUCCUCACGGUUGCCAUGUACCUCGCCUCGCGCAAGUAUCACCCGUGGUUCGGCAUACCCGGUACGGAAGUCAAGGGCACGCCGACGCAGCAAAAGGUCGAGAUGGGCAGGGGCUGGGAGUGGUGGCCCUCGGUCCUCUGGCAGUUCGUCUGGGCCUGGAUGGUUGCGCCCGUCAUCCUCUGUAAGUCGCGUGGCAUUAGGGACACCCAAGGGUGGCGUCUCCAGACCAUUGCGUGCUGUCUUGCAAGCUUGCACGCUACGCCAAUGUGGCUUGUCGCCUUGUACGUGCCCGAGAUGGCGCCCGUUAACAGAUAUUUCAUCCCCCCUCAGUGGAUCUGCCUCUCCAUCCUCUUUAUCGAGAUAUUUGCCAUCUUCAUCCCGUGUUGGCAAGUGGUGAGGCACAAGUCGCUCCAGCAAGAGACGCUCGAGUCCAUCGCUGUCUGGGAAGCCAAGAACAAGAAUCGCAAUAACGACGACGACGGCGGCGGCGGCGGCCACGGCAGUGACUCCUCCUUCAUCACCGACUCGACCAAAGUCGGAUCCCGCGCCUCUUCUGUCGUCUGGCAGUCGCUGGUCGAGCUCGAGAAAAACACCAGCCAAGCGGACAGCGUCUACACGAUGAGCGCCCUGGAGUAUGUGCUCGACAAGAACCCGGAGCCCCUGCGCAAGUUCUCGGCUCUCCGGGACUUUUCGGGAGAGAACAUUGCCUUUCUAUCGGCAGUCGGCGAGUGGAAGGCGUCGAUUCCUCAAGGGCUCGGCGUGGGUCGGCAGCGGUCGCCGGAGCUCGCGCGCGACCGGUUCAACCGCGCCCUCCGCAUCUACACCGAGUUCGUCAGCCCUUACCACGCCGAGUUCCAGAUCAACAUCGCCUCGCAGGACCUCAAGCGCCUGCAAAGCGUUUUCGACCACGCCGCCCGGAUCAUGUACGGCGGACGCACCGAGCGCUUCACGGACCCCGUCGUUCCCUUCGAGGACGCCAUGUGGAACCCCGCCGCGGCGGCCGAGGAGGGUUCGGACCAGGAGGAGAGCGGCGGCGCCGCCGCCAUGCUGCGGCGGAACGGCAGCGCGGACCGCAUCGCGGACCGCGUGCAGUACUGGGGCGAGAUCCCGGAGGCGUUUAACGCGACCGUGUUCGACGACGCCGAGGCCAGCAUCAAGUACCUCGUGCUCACCAACACGUGGCCCAAGUUCGUCAAGGAGAGGCGGAGCUCGCUGGGUUCUGAGGAUUCCGGGGAGACGGCCGAGACGGAUCACUCGGCAUCGACAUCGACCUCGACCUCGGCGCUGUCCAGGGUCGCGAGGUACUUUCGAGGGAUCAAGGCCGCGACGUAA